AUGAAAAUCAUUUAUGCGUAUAAAAAGGAGCACUACGAAUUGGAGGUCGACGAGGGGAAUGCAGACGAUUACGUCAUCGACACGGUGGAAAAAAAUUCGAACAAGUGCAGCUGCGAUGGUUUCCUUUACGACAGUGACACUCAGGUUGAGUUUCUGAACCUUUGGCAGUUUCACUGUGAGGGGAGGGGAACGAAUUUUGCACAUGGGAGACCAAAUGGUAGCAACACGCACGUAGGAACAACUAGCCACCUAUGUAGCGAUGAUGAAGGGCAAGACAAAUCGCUGCUAAAAUAUGCCAGCCAUUUCGAGAAGGCAGGUUACAUCGUCAAAGAGGGAGAUAUUUAUGGAGCACAUUUUUUACUUUACCUAGAUGGUGAACAAUAUACUCACGCGGUUUACGCUGUGUAUGUGGUGCGUAGGGACCAUGUGAUUAGGGACCUCAUUCGCAUAUUGAGGGUAUCACGUAGCGUGAAGAAACACGUCAUCUUAAUAUUGCUAACGGGAACAGAAGCAGAGGAUCUGUCAGAUAAUAUCGUUUACGUGAAGGUUUACUCUUAUAAAUAA